AUGUGGGGUUACCUGUCCCUGCUGCCUGCCUUCCUGGCCCUUUGGGCUAUUGCUGGAGUCUGGACCGUUUUUGCCCUUGCCGUGACCAACAAGUCUGUGAACCUCACCGAAGGUUUCCCCUAUAUCAGCCUCUGUGGAUCUUACCCCCCUCAGAGCUGCAUCUUCAGCCAGCUGCUGAACAUGGGAGCUGCUAUGGCCGCCUGGAUCUGCAUUAUCCGUUACCACCAGCUCCGGGACUGGGGAGUCGGAAAAUGGUUUAACCGGCUGAUCCUGUGGACGGGGCUUCUGUGUGCCCUGGGCACCUCCGUGGUGGGCAAUUUCCAGCAAAAGAACCAGCUGCCAACGCACCUGAUAGGGGCCUUCUUUGCCUUAUUCGUGGGCAACCUCUACUUCUGGCUGCAGCUUUUUCUCUUCUGGAGGAUGAGGAGCCUGCCCCAGCCUGGGGCCGCCUGGAUCGGACCGCUCCGCCUGGGCCUCUGCAGCCUCUGCACCAUCCUCAUGGUGGCCAUGGUCAUCCUCCAUUCCUGGCCGCUGCGCUCAGCCUCUGCUGCGUGUGAGUGGGCCAUCGCCACACUGCUGUUCACGCUCUUCGGCCUGUUUGCUGUGGAUUUUUCCUGCCUGGACGGCUGCACCCUAUGUCUCCAGCCGGGCCCCAGCCUCAGCCCCCCACCGGCCUCCCCCAUCUCCCUGCAGAUCCCCCUGUGA